ACUCAAGCCCGUGGCUGUGGUUUGGCAAGGCAUCCAGUAUAACAUCUCUUUUCUCAUCUCCUGGAAAAAAAAAAGCAAAAAAUUACCUUGAAAAUAAAGGACUCGUGGCUGCAAGUUUAGGAGAUGGACAGAAAGGUGGAAAAAACCUUCAAAAAUAAAUUAAUGCUGAAGAACCCCUUGGUCAAAGAAACGAUUGCAGAAUUCUUGGGGACAUGCAUGUUGGUUAUACUUGGAUGUGGUUCUGUAGCUCAAGCUGUCCUCAGCAGAGGGGCUGCAGGUGGAACUGUAACCAUAAAUGUUGGUUUUGCAUUAGCUGUUUCAAUGGCUGUUUAUGUGACAGGAGGCGUCUCUGGUGGUCACAUUAACCCAGCAGUAUCCUUUGCUAUGUGUCUCUAUGGACGGAUGAAGUGGUAUAAAUUCCCUUUCUAUGUUGUGGCCCAGUUCCUGGGGGCUUUUCUAGGGGCUGCAGCUCUCUUUGGAGUUUACUAUGAUGCACUUAGGUCCUUUGCUGAGGGAAAACUGCUCGUCACAGGAGAAAAUGCAACGGCACAUAUUUUUGCAACAUAUCCACUUAAAUACGUGACUGUGCUAAAUGAAUUUGCAGACCAAGUGAUGUCUUCCGCAUUCCUUCUCUUGGUUGUCUUUGCUAUUUUUGAUGAAAAAAACUGGAGGGUCCCCAAGGGCCUAGAACCUGUUGUCAUUGGCCUACUGAUCCUUCUCCUCACUUCCUCAAUGGGAAUGAACAGUGGUUGUGCCAUGAACCCAGCUAGAGACCUGGGUCCCAGACUAUUCACAGCUCUGGCAGGUUGGGGGUUUGAAGUCUUCACAGCUGGAAGUUAUUUCUGGUGGAUCCCAGUAGUAGGGCCUUUCCUUGGUGGCACCAUAGGAGGCUUCAUCUAUAUUUAUGGCAUUGAAAUUCAUCACACAGACCCAAAGGAAAAUGAAAAUAUGGAACAAGUGGAGGAGAAACAUGAAUUGAGUGUGAUAAUGUAAUAGAGCAUGCCCCACCCUGGGUUUUGCAGUUGACUGCAAUCAAGGAUCUAUAACCAUGUCUAUUCACUAAAAGUACAAAUCUGAUGAAGUUGUAACACUGAAAGCUAGGUGAAAAUCCACUCACUUGUACUGGGCUCAAUGGGAUAGAUAACUCCACUGAAAAGCAGUAGGACUAAGCAAGAAGUUGGAUUGGAGGCCUUUGCCUCUACAGGUUGGGUGUUCCCCUAGGAGAGCACUUGAAAAGGAAUCUUCUAAUGGAGCAGAACAUUCCCCCCCUCCCUUUUGAUUUCAUCCUUGUGAUGUUAGUCCUUUGGGGUAGGACACUUGAUUGCUGACAUGUUCACCUGGAUUUAUCCCAACUGCAUUAUCUGUAAAGAAAUAUUUCAUUCAGUGCCAUCAUGCAGCAGGCCUUUUAUCGUGUGAGCCCCAAAGGUUAUUUUCUGACUACCAAGGUGUGUGUUCAAAGACUUAACAGUUGUUUCAGCUAAGUUAUCUGAGACGGGAAGUGUAUGGUACAUUCUAGCCAGUUAUCAACUCUGCUGCUUUAACACAUUCACUGGUGAAUCAUGCAUCCUAGAAAUGGUCUUGCCAAAAACAAAAACAAAAAACAAAACCCUGAAAACACCUUAAAGAGAGAAUAUAAAAUAUGCUCAUGGUCCUUUGGAUUAGCCAUGGGGGAAAAAAGCCCUGCCUCAUGUGUCCAUAUCUUUAAUAAAUCGGAGGGAAACUGAA